UUGGCUGUAGUAGUGGGGGGCUAGUGUUGCGCGGCGAAAGAGGAAGAGGGGGGAGACGAAGAGCAAGAACGAAAAAGAGGGGAGAGUACUGAAAAUACCGACACACGAUAUUAUUGAAAAUUAUUCGCGUUAUUUUUCACUCCGACCGGAGAAAAUUUGACAAAAGAGGAAAAACUUUAAAAACUUAGAGGUUUUAAACAAAACACCGGUUUGUGAGGAAUUCAUUGGAAAAAUUCGUGCGUAGAAGUGAUAAAACAGUGAGCAUUGCUACCAACAGAGGUGUCCGUAAUAGUGGGGGUUUCAAAAAGAGGGAAGGGAAAGUAAGAAAACGCGUGAAAUUCAUGCAAUUGGCGCUCGAGUCGGACGGGCAGUUUCCUUCUCUCUCACUUCACCCUUCGUAUGAACUACAUACAACAAGGGCAACAGUGUGUGUCUGGCAGUUCUCGUACUACCGUCAACGAGAAGAUGGCCGCUGGGCUCGGUGGAUGUGUCGCCAUUGUUUAGUGUUUUAGUUUGUUGUUAAUAUAUGUAUACACACACACACGUAUAUAUAUAUAUAUAGAAUAACUCUAUAAUAUAUAUAUAUAUAUUUAUAGUUUUUUUUAACGGGCGUUUUUAAGAGUUUUACGUCGUGAAAAUGCCGAGUGCCUCGUUCACAUCGUCCCGAAGUUACGUAAGGAGAUCAAGGAGAAAAGGUGCCAACAGGAUUCCUCUGCCAUCGAGAACUACCUCGGCAGAGCCAUGCGACCUGCCCUGUCCAGCUUCGAAUCAGAUUCCUCCGGGUGCCGGAGUUGGAGGUGGGGGAGGAGGUGGAGGAGGAGGAGGUGGGGGUGGUAGCGGAGGAAGAGGUUCGUCCCCGAGCGUUUCUGGGGUCGCUGCACCAUCACCAUCACCGUCGCCCUCGCACUCGUCGCCCUACGAUCUCAGACGGAAAAGUCCACCUCAUCCUGAUCCAGCACCAGGAACCAGUUCAGCUCUACCGCCUCCCGGUGGUAGUAGCAUCGCCGCAUCUCUUGGCACUUCCUCACUUCCGGCAAGGAAACGACCGAGAAGGACGUGUUCCCUGUCCACGGAUGGUACGAACACAAACACAGCGGCACAUUAUCUCCAGUACGAAUUACCCGACGAAGUAUUGCUCACGAUAUUCAACUAUUUGAUGGAAUUGGAUUUGUGUCGGGUGUCGCAAGUUUGCAAGCGUUUCCAGGCAAUCGCGAACGACACGGAACUGUGGAAAUCGCUUUAUCAGCAAGUCUACGAGUACGAUUUGCCGUUGUUCAAUCCAUCUGCGUGUAAAUUCGAGUUUGUAUCGCCGGACGAGUCGGAUUAUCCGAAUCCAUGGAAGGAAAGUUUCCGUCAGUUGUAUCGCGGCGUCCACGUUAGACCGGGCUUUCAAGAUCUCAAAUUUAAGGGAAGAAAUUUGCCAUAUUUCAAUACGGUGCAAACCGCGUUGGAUUAUAUCGAGGAAUAUAGAAGUAGCGGAGCGACAUCGACGAGCACCAACUCGACCACAACUACGCCCAGUAGUCAGGGCAAUUGUUGCGCAAAUAAUAAUCAAUCCACGGAAGUACAGCCUCAACAUUUGGUCUUUCUUCACGCGGGCACCUAUCGCGGCGAAUUUCUCGUCAUUGACAGUGAUGUCGCCCUCAUUGGUGCCGCCCCCGGUAACGUCGCCGAAUCCGUCAUACUUGAACGAGAGAGCGAAUCCACCGUCAUGUUUGUCGAAGGCGCCAAACGAGCUUACGCCGGACAUCUCACCCUUAAAUUCACCCCUGACGUGACUAGCACCGUUCCACACCACAAACACUAUUGUCUCGAGGUUGGGGAAAAUUGCAGCCCCACCAUCGACCACUGCAUCAUUAGAAGUUCCAGCGUUGUGGGUGCUGCCGUAUGCGUGUCCGGAAGUGGAGCGAAUCCCGUGGUAAAGAACUGUGACAUUUCGGAUUGUGAAAACGUGGGAUUGUACGUAACCGAUUACGCGCAAGGGACGUACGAGGACAACGAGAUAUCGCGGAACGCUUUGGCGGGCAUAUGGGUGAAAAAUUACGCGAACCCGAUAAUGCGACGAAACCACAUACAUCACGGUCGGGACGUGGGAAUAUUUACGUUUGAUAAUGGCCUCGGAUACUUUGAGGGGAAUGACAUUCACAACAAUCGUAUCGCGGGUUUCGAGGUAAAAGCGGGGGCAAAUCCGACGGUGGUACAUUGCGAAAUCCACCACGGACAAACCGGUGGAAUUUACGUCCACGAAAACGGUCUCGGACAGUUCAUAGACAACAAAAUUCACUCGAACAAUUUCGCCGGAGUUUGGAUAACGUCUAAUUCAAAUCCGACGAUUCGUCGUAACGAAAUUUACAACGGUCAUCAGGGUGGUGUUUAUAUAUUCGGCGAGGGCAGAGGACUGAUAGAGCACAACAAUAUUUAUGGAAACGCCCUCGCUGGUAUACAAAUACGAACAAAUUCAGAUCCCAUUGUUAGACACAAUAAAAUACACCAUGGACAACACGGUGGCAUAUACGUUCAUGAAAAGGGUCAGGGUUUGAUCGAGGAAAAUGAAGUUUACGCUAAUACAUUGGCCGGUGUUUGGAUCACGACUGGUUCGACACCCGUACUCAGGAGAAAUCGCAUCCACAGUGGCAAACAAGUCGGUGUCUAUUUUUACGACAACGGACAUGGAAAACUAGAAGAUAACGAUAUUUUCAAUCAUCUCUACUCAGGGGUACAAAUAAGAACCGGCAGUAAUCCGGUUAUCCGUGGUAACAAAAUUUGGGGCGGCCAAAACGGUGGCGUUCUUGUUUACAACAGUGGCCUCGGAUUACUCGAACAGAAUGAAAUUUUCGACAAUGCCAUGGCCGGAGUUUGGAUCAAGACCGAUUCAAAUCCUACCUUGAAGAGGAACAAGAUCUUCGAUGGACGAGACGGCGGAAUAUGUAUAUUCAAUGGCGGAAAAGGAGUUUUAGAAGAGAACGAUAUAUUUCGAAAUGCCCAAGCCGGAGUAUUGAUAUCGACGCAAUCGCAUCCGGUAUUGAGGCGAAAUCGUAUCUUCGACGGUCUUGCUGCAGGUGUUGAAAUAACCAAUAAUGCCACGGCAACAUUGGAAUUUAAUCAAAUAUUUAACAAUCGGUUCGGCGGAUUGUGUCUAGCCAGCGGCGUACAACCGACGACAAGAGGCAAUAAAAUAUUCAACAAUCAAGACGCCAUUGAAAAGGCUGUGGGAAAUGGACAGUGUUUGUAUAAAAUUUCGUCGUACACGUCCUUCCCAAUGCACGAUUUUUAUCGAUGUCAAACUUGCAACACGACCGAUAGAAAUGCUAUAUGUGUCAACUGCAUAAAAACUUGUCACGCUGGCCAUGAUGUGGAGUUCAUAAGACACGACAGAUUCUUCUGUGACUGUGGUGCUGGAACAUUGAGCAAUCAAUGCCAACUUCAGGGUGAACCGACUCAGGACACCGAUACUCUAUACGAUAGUGCCGCUCCAAUGGAAUCCCAUACACUCAUGGUCAACUAGGAACGAACUUAGAAGAAAAGAAGAUACGAAAACAAAUGGAAGUGAAGAAAGGAAAAAAUCCAAUAAACAAAAAAAAACAAAAGAAUGAGUAACGAAAUGAAAAACGGAUUCAACUAAUAAGCUAUCAUCAAUUCCGCAAUCAAACGACGCGAAGUCGUGAGUGUCGUGAUUCGUUAACCACACAGACAUUUCAAACACUCCCCCCCCCCUCCCUCCUCGCCCUUCACACGCAUAAAUACACAAACACGUUUUCCCAUGGUAAUUUGUUGCUGAUUUUAUCAUUAUUAUAUUGUCAUUAUUACAAUUAAUGAUAAUUUUUACGUUUACAUUGUCUUCAUUAGAAUUAUGAUGAUGAUCAUUAUUGUAUUAUUAUUAUUAUUAUUAUCAUUAUAUUAUUAUAUUAUUGUCAUUAUUAUCGGUCAUCUUCAUCGUCAUCGUCAUUAUCGUUGUUACCAUUGCGUAGAGACGGUUAUUGCCAAUUAACUUGAACUCUCCUCCAUUAUGAGAUUUUCUCUCUAGCAUUUCAUUACGAAUCUCGUUCGAAUUCGAAGGCAGCCAAAUUAAAUGUCCCUCAUGUUAUCUCACAACUAGAAGAUCCUGAGACUCUAGGUCUUUGAUGAUUUUCUCUUAUACAUAUAUAUAUAUUUUUUUUUUUGAGAGAGAGUAUCGUAACAAGUUGAACGUAGUUUAUUAUUAUUAUUAUUAUUAUUAUUAUUAUUAUUAUUAUUAUUAUUGCAUUACUAUUACUAUUGUUAGUAACACUUCUCGGUUUUGUGGAGUAUUUUUUUUUAUCAUGUGUAGAGUUUAUUUCACGAUUGUCUUUUCGUAAACGUGGAUUUUUAUUUUUUUAUUGCCGGUGUCAAUUGUUCACUCGAUAAUGUAAGCGAUAAUAAUAAUUCCUUCGUAGAGUCUCGUGUAACAGAAUUAGCGAUUAAACUAAUCUAACUGAUGUAAUUGUUAUUGUUUUUUUUUUUUUUCGUAAUGUGUUACAUUUGUUUUUUUUUUGAAGAUCUUUUCUGUUAAUGUGUGCGAAAAAAACGAAUUUAAAAAUGUAAAGUUCGGAUCAAAACGGAUUUGAAAUGUGGCACGGGACUUUUUAUUUGUUUCUAUUGUUGAGUGAAAAAUCGAUACGCGCAGUUCGAUAGACUGUAAAUUAUUUUCCAAACGAAAAAAAAGUAAUCGAUAACUUCCACAAAAAUAAUAAUGACGAAUAAUUGCUUAAUUUUAAGAAAAUAGUGAGGAAAAAUGCUUGUUUCAAGCGGAGUGCUCGACUGAAAUAUCUAUCAUUUAACCGGAGCGGUGAAAGGUUUUUUUUUUAAUUUUUGCCUAAUCCGUUACUCAUUCUAGUAAACGACGACACCCAGAAAAACUUUCGAGAGUUGAGAAAUGAAGAGAAAUGUUCGUACGCGAAAAAUACUCAAGUCCAAAUGUCGCAGCAAUCAUCGAUUGUCACGGUUUCGUAUUAUUAACUUUUUCUGGCUGGCAUUGCUGAAUCGCUUGGUACAAGAGGAAACAAAAUGAGAAAAGGGAAAAGAGAGAGAGAGAGAAAAAAGAAAAAUGCAAAGAUGCUGAUCGCAUAUAACAAAAAGGCACAUACAUUUUUUGACAAGAAUGUAAAUUGCGUGUAAGAUAAUGAGUAAGUAAUGAGAGUAAAAACUUGAAAAUCGGAAUGUCAGGCUUUCAAAUAUUCGGUGCGAGCGCAAGUGUAUGUCAAACUUGACGAUAUUGGAAGGAGAAUCCAAAUACAAAGAUCGAAAUAAGGUGAAAAAAUUAGAUAGAAUGAUUGAAUUUGACUUUGUGUAUGUUUUGUGAAUUCGCGUGUGUGGGAUAACGAGUGUAAAAGAAGGUUGUGACUGAAAAACUGCGCCCUGGUGCUCAAGCUUUGAAACCGAGUACGAGAAAUAGUUCGUGAAAUGAUGAUGGUCGAAGAGCAAAAAAUCGAUUCUUCAUUAACCUUUAUAGGACGGGUCUGGUCGAAAUGUCGAUCACUAGUUUGUUCGGGCACUCCACUUGAAAAAUUCAUCGAUAUUAUGCACAAAUUUUGUGUAAAAAAAAGGUCAAUUUCAACGUGAAAAUCCCCGUCCUUAAAAGGUUAAAAUGCAUCAAUAGCAGAAGUGUACGAUCUCGAUACACUUCGUAAAAAUAAUCAAAAGAACAAUAGAAUGGAUUUUUAAACGGAGGAAGGCUUUUUGUCCUUUUUGAAUUUCUGGAAAAACAUCGUAAACGCUGUAAUCGAUGAUAUCGGGAAAAAGUUGCCGGGUGAAAAUGUGUGAUGGUCCUACGUUGCCCGAGGGCAAAGUGCAUAAUAAGACGAUAUAAAAAAAACAAAAAUAUUUUAAAAUUAGUUUAUCGAAUAACGCAUUACUCGAACGUACGAAAUUGUAUACCAGUGAUAGAAACAGAGGGAAAAAGGAAACAAUUAUAAUCGACACUUGUCUUUACUGAAGUAACGCGAGACGAAAAUAUCACAGCUUUUUAAAUUACGAAUGAUUGAUAAGGAUCGAGUGGAAGGUGAAUUUUUCUAGUUUUUACGGUAAUUGAAGUAUCUUUUUUUGUACUAUUCUUAAUCUAAGCCGUAGUUCAGUCUGAUUGUGUAACCUUUGCGUAUUUGUAUUAAUUUUUUUAAUCAGAAAAUGAUCGUCGUGAUCGUUUUGAGAAAAUGAUGCGCCCAUUUUCGUAUAUAUAAAGUAUACAUGUACAUCGAUAAAGCCACGUUUCAAAACAAAUUUCGUAAUCUUAAGUAGGUCAAAGCAUUAUUCAAAUUACUAUUGUUCAACGGUAGAAGCUGUAAAAGCGAAACAAAAAAACAUGAAAAAUUUACAGUCGGCGUCGUAACCAUAAAUGUAUGUUCCGAUUUUUUUUUUGUAUAUUUUCUGGGUAAAAAAGAGUGAACGGAGUAAGAAAUUUUCCUCGUUCAAUGGAUAAGUCGUGAAAAUUUCGUCUCAACAUCUGAUUUGGGUCAAUGACCGAUUUUUUCUCUCUCUCUCUCUCUCUCUCUCUCUCUCUCUCUUUCCUGCCUUUCCCACGUUCUCUCUCUUUUUUCCUAUCUUCACGAAUCACGAGUCUGCUUGAUUUCCAGAUAAAAAGUAAAACUAGAAGAAACCAAAACACUCAUCUCGUGAUUCAAUUUCGCUUAUCAAUUCACUUACCGCGCUACACGAUUUGUUCAGAGUUUCGCCAGUUCGAGAUGAUGAAUUUUACAAAAAUUCAACAUUCAAAUUGGAAUUAUGUCAUGAUUAUUAUCUUAUUUAGAUUGCAUCGAUUAAAUCUUGUAAUUUGUAAAUACAAAGCUAAAUCAAAGUGAAAAUAACGAAGAAAUAUAAAAGAAAACAAACAGAACUUCAAAUACCCUAAAAGGUUAUGUUCGACGAAAGAAAAAACCACACGCUCACCGGCUAUGUGUCGUAGCAAAGUUGAUGUUUCUCGUUAUUUCGCGCAUUAGUGAUUAAUUUAAUUACGUCGAUGAUGAUGUGAGUCUGUUACGUUUCAAUCUCCCUCCCCCCCCCCCCCUCUUUCCCCCUCCUCGCUCUUUUAGUUUUGAAUCGUUGUAACGUUCAUAUGAUUUUCAUAUGAUUCCAAAAUGCCGAUGAAAUAUAUGAUAAGAUGUUUGUUUCCAUCCGGAUAUUGAACUAUUAAAAGUACACUAAAAUCUGGUAAAGUUGAAUGAAAAUAUUGAACGAAAAAGACGAUGUAGUUACACGAGAAUGCGAGAUAAUUCGUCGAGCACUGAAAUAAAGAGGAUCCAACUGCGAUAUACUCAAAUAGCGUUUAGCGGCUCGUUAUCCAUGAAAAUUGGAAAAGAAAAACGAAACGUUUGAGUUGCAUCGUCGUUUUUUUUCGCGUCAACUCACCAUUCGUCGUUAAAAGCUGUUAUCCCAGCUUCGUUUAUUUAUCGAAUGUAUUAGAUCUAGAAAAGAGACACCCGUAUACACGCAUAUGAUACUUCAUCACGUCUUCAUUCCACGUUGAAAACCUGAUCGAAAUCCCAACGUUUCGAUGGAGGAUAUAAAUUAAUGUUAAAAAAGAAGAAAACAGAUAAAAACAUAAACAAACAAAAAUAUACUUGCCAUUAUAAAACGAUAGAGUUGCCAUAAGUUGCGAUUUUUUUUCCUUGCAAUAAUCAUAAAUAGUUUGUAUAAUAAAAUGGGGUUAGACGUUGCGGCUCUCCUAUCGUCGUCAGAUGACACGCAAAACACGUACACAGAGACACACUGAAAAUCCACGUUCAUAAAAAUGGAAGAAGCAAGAAAUCAUGAUAUGCUACUAAAUUUUGUAAAUAUUUAUCAGCCCACUACAUUUUAUUAUAAAUACGAAGGAAAUAAGUCGACGUAUACAUAUGCAUAUAUGCAUAUAUAUAUAUUAUACAUAUGCUCAUUCAUAAAUAUGGAUAUGUAUAUAAAUUCUAUAUACAUAUACUUUAUAACAAAAGAAACAAAACACGCGAGUAUAUAAAUAUAUCAACACGUUCACACCUUAACGCGUUAUAUAUAAAUAUAUACAUAUGUACCUAUUUAUAUACACGUAUGUAUGUAUUCAUAUAUAUAUACGACGCAUUAAUAAUCCUAUUAUAGAAAAUAUAUUAAUACCAAUUAUAAUUUUUAUUUUUUAAUAUCCUGUUUUAUUUCUUCAUUACUGUUUUCGUAAAAGAAAUUUCGCAGUUUUUUUCAACCAUCUUUGUCUCCUUACGAAUCGAUCGUUUUAACAAAUUUUCGACAAGAAUGUUUUUUUGUUUUCUUUCCGUAAGGUUAUCCCGCCUUUCGAAAUUGAAACGUGUAUAGUUGAGUAGUGGCUUCGACCGAGGAAACGUAUUGUUGUUGUUGUGUAACGGCAGCGCAGGCGGACAGUGUCACGCGGAGGACAAAAGCGUAGAGUAUACCAAUGCCCGAACUCGUUUUCAACUCUCGACUGCCCGUAGGGCGAAAAACAUGAGUUACGCGUUUUUAUCUCCUGAAUAUUACUGCUAGCUCUGUGUUCGUUUUGUCCGGUAAUAAUAAUCAUAAUGGUAAUAAUAUUAAUAGUAAUAAUAAUAAUCAUCAUAAUAGAAGGAAUAAAAAUUGAAGCAAAUUCGUGCAACUACGUUUUCACACGACUCUCUUAUCACGCACUUACCACAUGAUUUUAAUGCAUUGAUAUCGAGAAGAAAAAAAAUAGAAGACGAGUCGCGAAGUAUUUAGAGAUAAAAUUUUUCUUCAUUGUUUUCAACUUCGUAAGUUCUAACUCGUAGGUGCCCAAUUGUUUCAAAUCUUCGCAAAGUGACUGAAAAAGUAUAGAGGACACUCGAACAUUUCUUUUUUCAGGCCGUAGUAUCGCUUCAUGAGCCAGUGAAUUAUUCGUUGUUAUAAACAAAAAGCUAGCAAAUAAUGUCUCUCGUGACUGAAUAUAAUAUGAUGUAAAAAUAAUAAUAACGAUAAUUUUAUUAUUAAUAAUAAUAAAUGGAGAAAUAAACGAUAUAAUUUAGAUCCGCCGAUUACGUGAAAAUGUGAAUCCACUACCAAGCACCGUGAAUCGCUCUUGCGUGUAGAAUCUGAAAAAAGAUGCCUCGCCUCUGAGGUAUACGAAUAAGAUUAAUGAAAAUCAAUCAUUUUAUUAUUUUUCAUUUACUUCUGAGCUGUAAAAUGAUGAGGAAAUUUUAUCAUGGAAUACGCCAUUCGUUCUGUACGUAAUUUUGCUGUAUAUCAGCACGGAAAACGAUAACGAAGUGAAAAGACGUAAAAUUUGAGGUUAUUAAAGGAAUAGUGGAUCUAAGUGUAAUGACUUGACACAUAGAGUGUCUUAUUCAAGGCGAUUCAGGCAAACCUAUGUCGUAGGUCGAAACAAUCGGUAGGUAUUUAUCGAAAGCAAAGGAGAAAAAUUCAAAAUAGCAAAAAAUAAGUAGGAUAAAAAAACGGUAACUCGAGAUUUUCGAGUUGGAUAAAAAUAUCAAUGGAAAAGCAGGAUCGCGACGGAGUGUCGAAUUGUAAAAGAACUGUAUUGCCGAUCACAAGUCUUCCGACGAGUCUCGAAACGAAGAUGAAUUUUUUCGGACUGAAAUAAUGAAUCACAAAUUUAGUUACGAAAUAAUAACGAAUAAUCACAAAAUAAAUAUUUCUCCGUGAACGAAAAUUUUGCUUUGCUGUCAAUUGUCCAAAUCAUUUUUCUCACCGAAAGAGCGAAUCGGUGAAAAUGAAAUUUUCCAUUCGAAUGAAAGUGAAUAUUUUCACAUAAUUUCCCAUGCUUAUUCUCCGUAAAAAAACAUUUUCUCCCAUCAUUUAUUAACAGUCGAUACGAAAAAACGUUGAUCUUUGUUUCGCAGAUGCACUUUCCAUGUAAAAUUGAUAAUAUUAAAUGAUACAAAUGAUAAUGUCAAAGCCUAGAAAUACUGGAAAAUACUGGCAUGCUCGAGAGAUCAUCAAAGUUUUAUAAUUAUAAUAUAAACGAUAGUGAAUGAUAAAAAGAAAAGAAAAACCCACGCAGUAAAAAGUAGCACGAAAGGAGAACGACAAGUGAGUGAGGAAUUGCCCGUAUCGCCUUGUAUGCCUGUAUCACGAAACGAACGCACUGAUAUUAAUCAUUAAAUAUACACUGUGCGCCGUGAAUAAAUCUAAGUCUUUUAGCUUUCUCAAAUAAAUAGGACGAAUCAACUGAAAUCACCGUUAAAAUGCAUUGUCUCGAAGAAUAACGGUCGAUACGUCGUUCGAGAAGGAAGCGCGAGAGGCGUCGUCGAUUCCAACUUUAUAGCGUUGCACCAAGUGCCAUAGUCCGAGCGUAGUUUAGGACGAAGUCAUACAUGUAUGGGAAAUUGUAGGCCAAAUCAAUAGGACCAUCGAUUAUUGUUCUUGUCUUUUUUUUGCGAUCGAACUGAUGUUAGAUUUCGUUCGGAGGUUAUCUUCGGUUAUUUGUCGAAAUAAUUGGUCAACACAUAUUUUUCUAACUCAAUUUCAUCCUCCGAGAUGAUUUUCGAUCAAUAGAUAAAACCAAAUGCAUUAUUUCCUUUCAUUGCAAUAUUCAAAUGAAUCUCGAUUAUUCUCCGAUCGAAUAAGUACUUGAGAAAAUAAAUCGUGAUACAAAAAUUUAAUAGAAAAUGUGUUGUAUUUCACGGGGAUCUUGCUAUGAGGAAAAAUAUUUCGUAUUUCGUCUUGAAAAUUUGCAAAAUACGUUGAAUUAUUACAAUUAAAAAUGACUGAAGAUGCGAACGUUGAUUGUUAUUCACUCUUAUCCUCCUUCCCCCCAUUCCCGAAACGGAAUACACGAACCCACACGCAGACACAAAUACACGUACACCGACACUGAAACGAGUUCGAAUCGCGCACGAACACUACGCUGAUAACAAUAUUAAAUAAUUAUUAAUUUAAUUGUCCAUGUAUGCCCCGGCCCCUAAUUAGAUAACGUGAUUGGUGGUUCGAGUUUCGAACGGAGGAAAAACAUUCUCUUCGCGAGCGUGAAAUCGCGAGAAAAAAAUGUAUAAUAUUAAAUAAUAAUUGCAAAUGAAAUAGGAGAAGAGCAAAAAAUGAAUAAGUAAAUAAAAUGUAUCGCGAACGCGAGUUUGAGACCGUGCUGCGUCGAGCAUUUUAGCAUGAGUGAAAGAGAGAAAGAAAACGAUAAUUCAAUUCACCACACAAUGACAAUAUUUAUAUAUUUACACGUAUUAUAAAACGUACGUUGUACCGCGAAUCCUACAAAUAUCAUAACGGCUUGAUUUGAAGAUGUUUGUUAUUAUUUUUCAAAGGAAACCACGUCGUGGACGAAUUCGUGACUUUUUUUUAUAUACACAUUUAAGGUUAGGAGGCCCGACCAUUUGUAAACAUGAUUUCGCUGUACAUUAUUCAAUUUUAUUUGAUUUAUAAUAUAUCGAAUUUUCGAUUCUUUAAUGCAUAUGAAUAAAAUGCAAUGUAUAAAAAUAUACGUUGAAUUAAAUGCACAAACGAGCUCAUCGUCUCUGUCUCUCGUGUGCACGAAUUUUACAUGCGAAUACUAACGAAAACGGGAAACGAGUUUGAGAAAUAUGAAAACACACGAAGAUUUGGAAGAAUGGAAUAACAUAAAGUCAUAAUUAUACAUAAGUUUAGAGGUUAAGAUUGCCUCGAAUGAGGAACAAUGAUUAAGGAAAAAUUAAAACUGAUCAAUAAGGAGGAAAAACUACUGAGACGUAGUUUCGUAUCAUCCCACAUGUAACCGGUGAGAAUUUGCUAAAUGAUGAACAAAUUCCUCGAUACUGUAUAGUUACGCCGCAAUUGUAUGCUGUAAACAUCACUAUUUCAAAUAUAAUUAAUUAACAAGAUAAA